AUGGAAAAUGAAGGCGCGGGAAAUUCGCCCAAGAAUGUCGUAUCACGAUUAGUGGAUAUUUGCGCGCAGGAUAUUAUUCUCAACAACAUUUUGGUCAAUCACAAAAGAAAGUCUCGAAAAUUCUUGGAAAGCGACCAGAGUAAGAGAAAACAAUUAGUACCAGAUGUUCUUGUGAGUUUCCUCAAACAAGGAUACUUGUGUGAACUCUGCAGGUAUUUCAAUUCUUCGUCGUCACCAUUUUUUUUGCCGGUUAUAGUCGAGUGUGUGGAUAGUAGCGACUUUAACUUGGAG